AUGAAUAACAACAAUACCUCAUAUGGCCGAACGCUUGACAACAAUACCUCACGUUGCCAAACGAAAGACAACAAAACCUCACACCGCCAAACGCUUGACAGCAACACCUUUAUAGCCAAACGCUUGCCAACAACACAUCACAUGGCCAAACACCCGACAACAACACCUCACAUGGUCAAACGAACGUCAACAACACCUCACAUGGCCAAACACUCAACAACAACACCUCACAUGGCCAAACACUCGACAACAACACCUCACAUGGCCAAACGCUCGACAACAAAACCUCACAUUGCCGAACGCUCAACAACAACACCUCACAUGGCCAAACACUCGACAACAACACCUCACAUGGUCAAACACUCGACAACAACACCUCACAUGGCCAAACACUCGACAAUAACGCCUCACAUGGCCAAACACUCGACAACAACACCUCACAUGGUCAAACGAACGUCAACAACACCUCACAUUGCCGAACGCUCAACAACAACACAUCACAUGGCCAAACACCCGACAACAACACAUCAACUGGCCAAACGAACGACAACAACACCUCACAUGGCCAAACACUCGACAACAACACAUCACAUGGCCAAACACCCGACAACAACGCCUCACAUGGCCAAACGAACGACAACAAUACCUCACAUGGCCAAACACCCGACAACAACGCCUCACAUUGCCGAACGCUCAACAACAACACCUCACAUGGUCAAACACCCGACAACAACACCUCACAUGGCCAAACGAACGACAGCAAUACCUCACAUGGCCAAACACCCGACAACAACACAUCACAUGGCCAAACGAACGACAACAACACCUCACAUGGCCAAACGAACGACAACAACACAUCACAUGGCCAAACGAACGACAACAACACCUCACAUGGCCAAACGAACGACAACAACACCUUACAUGGCCAAACACCCGACAACAACACCUCACAUGGUCAAACACUCGACAACAACACCUAACAUGGCCAAACACUCAACAACAACACCUUACAUGGCAAAACACUCAACAACAACACCUCACAUGGCCAAACACUCAACAACACCUCACAUGUCCAAACACUCGACAACACCUCACAUGUCCAAACACUCAACAACAACACCUCACAUGGCAAAACACCCGACAAUAACACAUCACAUGGCCAAACGAACGACAACAACACCUCACAUGGUCAAACACUCGACAACAACACCUAACAUGGCCAAACACCCGACAACAACACAUCACAUGGUCAAACACUCGACAACAACACCUCACAUGGCCAAACGCUAA